UCACUUAGGAGGUCACUGCUGUUCUACAGAAAAACCAACCAUCUGAACGUGUGCUGGUUAAUCUGAGCAACGCUGGAGGGAGUGCUGCCUGGGAAUACUAGUGCAAUGCAGAAACAGAAUCAGAAUGAAGGAAGAAACUGACGUCGUUAUCGAAAUUGAGAUAUUAUUAUAUAAACUAGAUCUUAAUUAAAAAAUAAAUAAAUGUAAUGCAAAUAAAACUUUCCUUCACUGGUCUGUUGGGCUGCUUUUAAAAUAUAAACAACGCCUGUAGGUGGAAACAUCAGCGUCUUGCAUUUAUGCAGGUGAUAUAUAUUUCUAAGAAAAUGCAAUGGUUUAAAUGUAUCUGCACAAGUUUGUUUGUUUUGUUUCAUCACUGUGCUAGUGAAGAUUUGCAGUUCACAUUUGACAACAGAAAUCACUUUGAAUACAAUGAUUCCUACUAUGAGUACUUGCCCGGUCCGCUUCAGUGGAAGGAAGCAAAAUGGGCCUGUCAUCAAAAGUUUGGAUUCCUUACCACGGUGGGAACCAUGCAGGAAAGCAGGGAGUUGAGCCAGUUUUUACGGUCUCUCAACAUAACUGAUUCAUUCUGGAUAGGAAGGAAGGCAAUGGGUCAUUUAAACGGUGUUCUGGAGUUCUCUGCUAGGACUGACCAGAAGCAUGCCAGGAUCAUGCAGCAGUUCCCUAACAUGCAGUCUGUGACUGUCUGUGCUUACAUUCAGUUUGAUCCAAGUUGCCUGGGAGUGUCCACUGUGUUCUCUUAUUCCAUUCAGUCAUUUAUUAAUGAGUUCCAGCUUCGUGCUAACAUAGUCCAUGGGGAACCCAUCCAGUUGGCUUUGCUUGUCCAUGGUAUACACGGCCCUUACUCCCUGGCUGGGGAUAAUGAUGGUCUUUGGCACUUUGUGUGUGUUAGCUGGACCCGAGAUGAAGGCAGGUGGGCUAUCUCCAUGGAUGGAUCUGUCAUCGGUUUUGGAGACAAGCUCUUCCUGUCUGAUGACAUUGGCCGGGAUGGCGUUUUCAUUAUCGGUCAGGAGCAGGACACUUUUGGCGGCUCCUUUAAGAAGGAAGAGUCUUUCACUGGAAACAUUACACAACUGCACGUGUGGGACCGGGUGUUGAACUCCAGUGUAAUUGAGUCCAUGGCGAGGGACUGUUCAGUGAUUUCAGAGGGAUUAUUUUUUACAUGGAACUUCUCAGCACUUGAACUCGAGCCCUCUUUGAAGAUACAUUGGGUAUUUUCCCAGUGCCAAGAUAACAGAAGCCAACCUGUUGGCCAAAUGCCAUUUGCUUGGAUAGAUGGAGGGUCGAUAUCCUACCAUAACUUCUCAUUAAAUGUCAACUACAUGCCAAAUACUGGAGAAUGUGUGACCAUUGACCCUGUAACUGGAAGCUGGGGUUUGGAAAUCUGUUCCAAACCAAAGCGAGCCCUCUGUCAGUAUGACAAAGAUGUAUACGAACAUCUGCAACGAUUUUCUUUAAUACCGCAGACUUCAUUUUUUUUUACUGUGAGCAGAGAACCUCUUGCCAGCACCGUGAUGGAUGAACUUCAGAUAAACGCCACAGGGAUCCAACGAAACCUCUCCAGAGUGAACAGUGUUACUGGAGUGCUGUUGAAAGUUUUGGAUGAGAACCCAGACAUCCUCACCCCUGCUGACCUCCUUUACCUUACUCAGUUUAUGGGGAGUGUGGUAGAGCUCAGUGGUGUGGAGAUGGAAAAUGUCUCAGAAGCCUUUGUAUCUUUGGCUACCAACUGGUUCAAGUUAGCCAGUAAAAUCAUUGAUACAAGACUCUCUGCACAGUGGCUGGAGCUCUCUGAGCAGAUGUUGAUUCCGGGACCAUUUGCAGUGAUUAAGAACAUAGAUAGCUUGGCUGUAUUGAUGGCUGAUACACUGUCCAUGGCAGGAAUGAGCUUCACCCUGUCAACGAAGAACAUAGACUUGCACAUUGAGCCCCGGACGUUGUCCCACCUGAGUUGUGGUUGUGUGUUUAAACCUGGUACCCUCGGCCCUCACUCUGGUAAUCAAGAUGAAAUACAGAUCCCAGACACUGAGGUGUCAAAGUUACAUGCCAUAGGAUACAGAGAACUCACAUUUAUACAUGUAUACUACAGUCACCUUGUGGACCUUCAAGCAAAUCUGUACAAAGAACCUGUCUUGCAUGUACAGAAGACAAACACUAGUUCACAGGCAGGUAGACUUACAACUGCUGUUAUAUCGUCGACAGUGCGAGAUCCCAGUGCAAGAAGGAAUAUUCCGGUAGCUGUUCAUUACACACUAUCACAUGCAGAACUGGUGGGGUAUACUCAGUUUCCAUUACCAGUUUGUGUGUUUUGGAAUUUUAGCUUGAAGAAUGGACAUGAAGAGGGAUGGUCAAGUGACGGGUGUCAGGUGAUGCGCUUGGGGUCACAGGUUACUUCCUGCUUUUGCAACCACACAACAAACUUUGCAGUGUUGAUGACAUUUAUGGAAGUAAAGUGGAGCCCAGCAGAGGAGAAUAUUUUGACUAAGCUGACUUUCAUUGGGUCUGGAGCCUCCCUCUGUGCGUUAGUGAUGACCUUGACGCUCUUCACAGUGCUUGACAUUCCAAAAUCUGAUCGGACUUCCAUUCACAAGAAUCUGUUCUUAGCUCUGAUUGCUGCACAGGUAGUGCUUCUGAGCAGUGGGUCGGCCACAAACAAUAAGGUUGCCUGCACUGUGGUGGCUGCCCUGCUACACCUGUUCUUCAUGGCAGCGUUCACCUGGAUGCUGGUGGAGGGGCUCCUGCUGUGGAGCAAGGUGGUGACUGUGAAUCUGAGUGAGGAGAGGCGCAUGAAGUAUUACUACCUGAUCGGCUGGGGUCUCCCUGUUCUAAUAGUCAGCAUCACCCUGGCUGCAACUUCAGAGAAAUAUUCUGCAGAUGGGCAUUGCUGGCUGAGUGUCAAAAACGGAGUCAUUUGGGGUUUUGCAGGCCCUGUUAUCUUUAUUAUCAUGGUGAAUAUACUGGUCCUCACACGAGUGGUAAUGAUCACCUUAUCCACUGCUAAGCGGAGGGCAAUAAUGCUUGCUGUGAACAGCAGUCCUAUUGAGCAAGCUUAUGAUCAGAUCCGGGCUGCUGUGAAAGCUGUGUUAGUGCUAUUACCUAUCCUGGGGCUUACGUGGCUGUGUGGAGUACUGGUACCCUUCUCUAUAGUAAUGGCUUACAUCUUUGUGCUUCUCAACUCGCUGCAGGGCCUCUUCAUCUUUCUGAUCUAUGGGGUGUACAACACAGAGGUACGGAGCACGAUCAACAGAAUUAAAGAAAGAAGAGGAGCGCUGAACUUCUCGAAUUGUGCUAAUUCACGACCAUCCAGCUCCCUGACCAGCUCCAGACCCGCCAGCUCCCCGGCUCCCGGAGUGCAGGACCUCAGCCGUGACCUCGGCCUAGGAAGCCACUGUGCCAGCGAGCCAGAACAGCAGAACAUUCCCAACAAGCCAGACAGCAGCGUGGUGUAUGAAAACUCUGCCGCUACUAGUGACCGUCAGCUGUCAAUCCCUAGUCUGCCACGAGUGCCAGAUGAAGAUUUGCCUUGCUUCGCUUUGGGCUCCUUAACCCCUGAACAGGGCUGUCAAGGGGAUCUGACUCUCCCCAACAUGCGGGAUAGCAUAGAGGAUGGCUGCAGCCUUCACGUUCCCAUGGAUUUCGACAGUUACUCCUGUAUCUCCGGGAGUGCUGCACUCGACAAGAGAUCUGGCUGCUUAUAUUUAGACUGAUCUGCUUCAAAUAUUGUUAACUUUAUCCUAACUGUAGCUUAAGCCAUGUUUCUACAUGCUUGCUAGCGUGGCCCGGUGCCCCUUUGUGUCCUGCAAGGCUUUUUUCAUACACAGACACUUCCUACUUUUGAUUAGUGCUGGUACCAUUUUCAGUUGGAGUUGUCACAUUCUAACAUUUUUCCUUAUUAAGUACACCUCAGCUCGAACAAAAAAAGAGGACUUUAUAUAUGGUGUCACUUUGCUUUUAUUUCGGUUUCAUAUCCUUGCAAAGCAGUAUGUAAAAUACUAUUAGUAGAAAUGGUAUAAGGAAAUAUAAUGUUGGGAAUGACAAAAGGCUGUGCUCGCCAUUUGCCUCAUGGGAUGCAAUCGAGGGGAUUAUAUAUUUGUUUUUGUUUUAAUUGUCUAGUGUUUUAGAUGUUACUACUUCAUCUGGUAAAUUACUUAUCUAAAUAAUGUAUUGACUUGUGUACAUAAUUAGUCUAAUUUCAUUAUAACAACUGCAACCCCCCCCCCCCCACCCCCCCCACCCCCCC